AUGGAAAAUUUGGCACGCAGAAGAUGCAAUUUUGUUUCUUCAACUACUUGUGUCAUGUGCCAUUCUGAUGUUGAAUCGACUGAUCACCUCCUCACUCAGUGCCUUGUUGCUUCGCAUGUUUGGAACUUCUUCGGACAGUUGUUUGAAGUUCGAUCUGGUCCUUCAUCCAUGCGAGAUCUAUGGGGAAACUGGCGUAAUAACAUCAAGAGGCCGUUAUCCUUCUUUUGGGACCUCUUAGCUAGAGCCAUUACUUGGAAUAUCUGGAUUGAACGAAAUGCUCGCAUUUUUUCAUCUUCAUGUGCUUCGAUUGCUUCUCUUAUUGUGAAGAUUAUUCAUAUGUUUCUCAUAUGGCUGAAUGCAGCUCCUGAUUCUAAAAGAGCAAAGUUAGAAGAGCCGAUUAAGAAGAUCAAGCGGAGCCUGGAGUUUGUUACUGGUAGGGAUGUGGGGCACCAUGUUCCUCCGGAGGCUAGUUCUUACCCGGGAGAGGUGUAG